CUAUCAGCUUUUACUGCUUGCGCCCCCGGUUGGCCGCAUUUCUCUGCUGUGCUACUUGAAUAGCACCAGCUUAUAAUUCCCCAUUGACCUUUGAAGUCACGACGCGCAACGGGAGUGCAGACUUGGUGUUGAAGCUGCUAUCCGCUGCCAUACUGUCAUAGACUCGUUCAAACGCCCGCGGGAUUGCAACGGCCGAAAUCCUACUGCCACUUGCGAUGGCCGACGUAGCCAAUUACGGGGACUCUGACGCAAAGCCUGAGGUUGGCGACGCCAACCUUGUUCACAACAACAAGCGAAAACGCAACUCGCUCGACCACGGCGCAACAACCUCGAGGGCAGCACCUGGCGACUCCGCACGCUCAGCAGCCUACCAACGUGUAUCACCUGGCUCGGCUAACAACGCUUCUGGUACGACGGGUCUGAACGACCAGCCAGGCACUGCCUUUCUUGCCGCGCAUCACGCGACUGGCGCAGGCGAGGACGAGAUGCAUCACCACGCGAACGCCGACCUAGACUUCACCGCGCAACUCGCGCAACACGCGACUGACCACAGCCUACAUCAGAAUGGCGGUGGCAACCCGGCGAAUGCAAGCGACACAGCCGCCGCAGCCUUGUCGCAUCACUUCCAAAUGACUGUACCGCAGUCGACCGAGAACAUCUUCCAGAACCAGUCGACUGGCGGUGACAACGACCGAGGCCUUGGCUCUUCGUUCGGCAUGGGCGAGCACAACAUGCAUCAAACGCCGCACGGCAUGUCGGACUAUGGUCUGGAUGCCCUGAGCAAGUCGAACACACAGAAUGCGCCGUCGAACGAGUCGCCACCGAGCAGCACUGGUCAGAAGCCCGCCGUUGGCUCGGAGGAAUGGCACAAGGUGCGGCGGGAUAACCACAAAGAAGUGGAGCGACGCCGUCGUGAGACCAUCAACGAAGGUAUCAACGAGCUUGCAAAGAUCGUUCCGGGUUGCGAGAAAAACAAGGGCUCCAUCCUCCAGCGCGCUGUUCAGUUUAUCACGCAGCUCAAGGAGAACGAGUCCCAGAACAUUGAAAAAUGGACCCUGGAGAAGCUCUUGACGGAGCAGGCCAUUACUGAGCUCAGCGCGAGCUGCGACAAGUUCAAAACAGAGUGCCAGCGUGCAUGGCAGGAGGUUGAAAUCUGGAAGAAGGCCUGCCAAAAUUCAGGCAUCGUACCAGAGGAAUACCAGAACCAGGGCGAGAAGGCUGAUCAGAAUGGUGACAGCUGAGGUAGUCGCCUUUCUGAUUGUUGAACGCAACACAUAGAAGAGUCGGCGGGUUUUCGUCUUCCUACAUGUCAGCUUAAUCCUCUUCAGGAUCGGCGGCUUACUCAAGACCGGAACGAUGGCAUGAUUGGAUUCAUUUUUUCUCAUGACUAGUCUGCUGGAUGUUACAUGCUUUUCUGAUCCUCAGCCCUUCCUUUUCCCCCUUUUCGGGCGUGUGGGCCCCUUGUGUUUCUUUUCUUCGUCCCCUUUGUAGGGCCUACACUUGUAAGUUCAGCCGCAAGGCACGUCUGGUCGGGUCACAUG